AUGCCACCCAAAGCAGCUCCUUGCAAACAUGUUAUGUUAUCUGACGAAGAACUGGCAUCGGGAAUCACCAGUUUGGAUAAUAUACAAGCUGGAGUAGAACAAUUUCAUACAAAUGGAAUUGUCAUAGUUGAGAAUGCCAUUCCUCAUGAUAUUCUCGAUAAAUUCUACCAGAAGAUGGAUACCGAUGGUGCUAAAAGGUUGCAAGAUCCGACAGUGUUUUUCAAUCAUGGCAACGAGAAGACCAAUUUCUCCAUAUGUCCUCCUCUAUCCAAAGAGUGGCUCGCCGAAGAUAUAUGGGCCAACAAACAUGCUGCUGCAGUAAUGGAGGGUGUAUUUGGGAAACCACAACUAGCAUAUGCGGGAAGUAAUAUCAACCUCCCAGCUUCAGAUCCAAAGUCUCGUCAGGCUGUACAUGUCGAUACUUACUACGAACAUCACCCAUUUCCCACCUGCAUCGAGCUUUUCAUGUAUCUCCACGACGUAUCCCCCACAAAUGGCUCUACCGAACUCUGGCCCGGCUCUCAUAUCAAAUAUGAUUUGAAAAAUUUAGUAGACCACGGUCGUGGCUGGGUAAAAUCAUCAGCUUUCAAUCGUCGUGCAGAAUAUUCUCCCCCCUUCCAACCCACUAUGCCUAAAGGUUCCAUCGGCAUCCGUGAUCUCCGCCUCUGGCACGCCGGUAUGCCCAAUCUGUCAAAUCAGAAUAGGAUUAUGCUUGGGUUUAUCUACUUUCCUCGCUGGUACCGCAGUCCCAUGCGCAUCAUGCUUCCUGAGAACUGCAAGCCUAUCGUGGAGACAUGGACACACGUUGAUGCGGUUGGGGCGACGACGUUUGUGGAUGGGGAAGUAGAUCAUUUGGAUCAGACGUUGGGAACGCUGGCCUAUUUGAAUUUUACACAGGAUCCGAAUUUGGGGAUAAAACAGAUUCGGGCGAAGAUUGAUAAGGAGCAGGGAAGAGAGCCGAAUGCGAUGUUGAAGGUUACGGAGAAUGAUUACUGGGCUCCGGGGAGGAACAAGUUGAGUGAGUCAGCGGGUGAUAAGUUUGGCGGGAUGAGAUCGCGCUCGAGUCGUAGGGGUAGAGGAGGCAGACAGCUUGAUCCUUUGAAGCCGAAGACUGGGAGUAUUAAGAAAAAAACUUGGAAAUAG